AAGCACCGUGGCUGAAGACGCCAGAACACAAGCUGCUUGAGGAGGUGGAACAAGGCACCGCCACAGCAGCCUGGUCCAUCACUUCUACGACAUGGAUCUCCAGAAGGUGCUGUCCCGGAUGGUUCUGUUCCUGCUUUUUCUUUAUCUGUCACCGCUGGGAAGUCACUCCCACCCCCUGGGCAGUCCCAGCCAGUCUCCGGAGCAAUCCAAGAUGCAGACACUGCUGAACAUUCUGAGGGAAAAGGCAGAGGCGGUGGCUCGGGGGCAGCUCCUGAAGGACCAAGGCGUCACAAAAGCACCUCCCCAAAGCACCCUUGGGUCUCAAGACAGCACCCUCCAGGUCCUACAGAAACUUCAAAACUCCAAGAAGAUGCAUAAUUCGGGCUGCUUUGGGCAGAGGAUAGACCGGAUCGGCUCAGUCAGUCGUCUGGGCUGCAACGUGCUGAAGCGGUAUUAGGAUGAGCUCCCAGUUGCAGACACCGCCCGGCUCCUGACUCCACCAAGGGCUCCUUCCCCAACCCUGGGACCCCCUUUUGAAGUGAUCCUAUUUAUUUAUUUAUUUAUUUUUAUUUAUUUGGUUGUUUUCUACAAGACUGUUUCUUACCUUUGAGCACAAACUUUUCACAAUGUAAUAAACACGGCAUUAUUUCUUGCUUUUGAAAA